CGUCACAGUGGGCCGGUUGAGCCUUCCUUCGUUCGAUUCAGGGCAGGCUCCAUUCAUUUUACAUGUAGCAAGCAGGGUUGCGGGCAGUUCAGACAUGGGAAGUGAGCAUUACUGCCUGAGGUGGAACAAUCAUCAGAGCAACUUGCUGGGUGUGUUCAGUCAGCUGCUGGAGUCCGAGUCGCUGGUGGACGUGACGCUGGCGUGCACGGAGGGCCCCUCGAUCCGCGCUCACAAGGUUGUACUUUCGGCCUGCUCCAGCUACUUCCAGGCUUUGUUUCUCGACCACCCAAAUCGCCACCCCAUCGUCAUCCUCAAGGACGUCCGCUUCUCCGAGCUACGAACCCUCGUCGACUUCAUGUACAAGGGAGAAGUGAACGUUGAGUAUUGCCAGCUCUCAGCGCUCCUAAAGACGGCCGAGAGUCUCAAAGUCAAGGGACUCGCUGACAUGACAAACAUCAAUGCUGCGGCAUCGUCGAGGGAUGAACUAGACCAGCAGCAGCAGCAACAGCAGCAACAGCAACACCAGCAGCAGCAGCAGCAACAACAGCAACAACAGCAACAGCAACAACAGCAACAACAGCAACAACAACAUCUUGCCAAUGAGAACCAGCGGGAUCGAGAGCACCGGGAACGCGAUAGGGACAAAGAACGGGAGAGGGAAAGAGACCGGGAUAGGGAACGGGAACGGGAACGGGAACGGGAAAGGGAAAGAGAGAGGGAGAGGGAACGGGAGAGGGACAGGGAAACGGAAGUGGAAUGCGAACAAUCUCAACCUCAGCAGCUCAGCGACGUAAUGGAAGCUGUUCAUAUGACCGAGUGUCCACCGUCACCCACGGGACCCGGGAGUCCGUGUCCCGGACCUCUGGCCCUUCAUCGAACCAGAAGGAACUCGGACGACGCUGCGAGCCUCGAAGAAACGAGAGGCUCCCUGAGUCCCAUAUCCGUUCACAGUGGUCCCAGCGACAUGAGUCUCAGUAAUAACACCGCCGGUGCAACAGCCGGAGGCAUUAUACCCCUCCAACUGCCGCAAAGCAGGCUUCCGUCUCCUCACAGUACGGAACCACUCGCCGGACCCUCGGGACUUCCGCCUGUACAACAAGUUCCUCUCUCCCUGAAGAAGGAAGUAGAUUGGGAGCGAUCUACGGACGAUCGAGUAUCGAAUAUCGAGGCGACGACUGACUACAGACUCCCACCAGAUCCGGAGUUGAUGGGUUUGGAUGAACGGGUGUUUGCGUGCAUGUACUGCGGUGCCUCGUUCCUCCAUCAGAGCAAGCUGACGCGGCACAUCCUAUCGCACAGCCUCGAGUCGCUAAAGUACAGGGAGCAGGCGGCGCAUCUCCAGCUCCAGGCGCAGCUCGGUCUCGAUUCGGGUCUCCAUCUGGCUUCCGAGGUUGUCCACUACGCGCCCGGAGGUCCGGUUGAGCCGAUGGACCUGGAGCUAGCCGCCCAUUCGGACCCAUCGUCCGGUGUAGUGCUUUGCAAGUUUUGUGGUAAAUCAUUCCCCGACGUCGGUUCGCUGAUCGCCCACCUCCCCGCCCACACCGGCGACCGACCUUUCAAGUGCGAAUUUUGCGGCAAGGCUUUCAAGCUUCGCCAUCAUAUGAAAGACCAUUGCCGCGUUCACACCGGCGAACGGCCGUUCAGGUGCGCCCUUUGCGGCAAAACCUUUUCGAGAUCCACGAUCUUGAAGGCACACGAAAAGACACAUUAUCCAAAGUAUGUGCGAAAGUUCCUUUCACCCAGCCCCGUUGAUCCAUCCGAGGAGGAAGCCCCGGCGGCACAUCCACCGGCGCCUCCCCAUCAUUGAGUAUAAUGACAAAUUUUUAACUCCGCCUCUUUACGUAUAAUUAUCAUUAUACUUUUAUUACUAUUAUUAUUAUUAUUAUUAUUAUUAUAUACUAUUAUUAUUACAAUUAUAUAUUAUUAAUCUUACUGUUAUUAGCGUAGAGGUACGUGUGCGUUGAAAAAUCUCCAACGCGGUAUUUUUUCCCACCAUUCGUUCGUUCAUUUGAAACAAAAAAAAAAUUUUUAAUUAUUUUUUUCAAUUUAUUAUACUCUUUUUUUUUCGAUCGCUUCUUCCCGCCUAUUGUACUCAGUAGAAUAUCAAUUCCGAUCCUGGAUACAGAUUCCUGCACCGACGUCUUACCGACAUAUCUAGAACGUUCGAGGAUAAGGAUAUCCCCACUCUGGGUGACCUUAUCGACCGUCGGAUAGUCCGAUUGUCCAGCGUUAUCGAUCGAAGAUAAAAGAUAUGGUAAAGUAGAGCGCAAAUCUGGCGGAUUUUAACCCUCUGUCGAUAAGGUUGAACAACCGAACGAUCCUAUGAUCGAUAAGGUCAGCCAAAUUGGGGAUAUCCCCACCCUUGAACGUUCUAGAAGUAUCGGUAAAAUGUCGGUGCAAGAAUCUGUGUCCAGAACCUGCCUUACUACUCUAAUUUUUUCUCCCCGUUUUUCAUUUUUCUUUUUUCUUUUUUUGUUGUUCCCUUUUUCACGCCAACGCUCCGCGUUUCAUUUGCAAGAAUAACGGUUACAUAUAGGUAGUAUAACAUAAUACAUAUAUAAAUAUAUAUAUGUAUUAUAUACAAUAUACAUAUUAUAGGAACAAUUGUAAACUACAUAAAAUAAGCAACUAUAUAAUAAUAGCAUAAUAAUGAUAAUGAUGUAGGAUAGAUAUAUAUAAAAGAAGCGUAUACGCGCGUCAUGUAGCGAUUAUACAACAUGACCCGGUUGCGUAUACAUGCAUACUGUGCACCUAGCCUCGAGGCAAUCCGACGGUAUUUCUAGUUAGUCCUGUGAUUUUGGUUAGGAUGGUUGGUGUAUAUCCGUGUCUCAUUCGAGGGGGAGAGGAUAAGAGACACGUUAAAAAACCUAGUAUAACAAAGAAACGAAAAAAAAAAUGAAAUGACAUGAAAUGAAAUUAAUAUAAAAUCAUAUGAAAAUCUCCCUCGUUUAAUCAGUGCUUUAAGAUAAAACGUUCAGCUUAUCCUUAUACGUACACAUAUUUGUAUAUAUCAUAGGAAAAUACACGCGUGCACGCAUAAAUUGUACACACAUGCAUGCGCGUUUCGAUGAAACUUUGUUCGCACGCGCACACCCACGCAUACUACAAUAUUACACUAUACGCAACUUAAUUACGCUGCGUGCAUGUGUGUACAUAUUUAUGCGCGAAGUACACGUAUUUAUACAAUUAUAUAUAUAUACACCUAUGUGCAUAGGUAUGCAUACAUAUGUUCGUGUGUAGGUAAAUUAUUGAGGUAUUUAAGUUGCGAAAGAAGGGGAAGAAAAAAAAAAAAAAGGAAAAGAAAAAAAAAUAGAGGUGAAACGACGAGUGAAAACGAAGGGGGAAAAAAUAACCUAGACGCCACGGUUGGUGCUUUUAAAAAGAGAUUCUGACAAAAUGCUGUGAAUUAUAUAUAAAUUGAUUAUACAUCUAAUGAUAAAACGGACGAGAAAGAGAAACGAUGCUAAAAGUGAAGAAAAUAAACUUGAUUAAGAAAAGUACACACACACACAUACAUACAACUACGUCGUGAAAUGACGAAAAAAACAAAGAAACAAAUAACAAUAUUGUAUAUCGUACGAUUUCUACUAUGUACAAUGAUUGACUGUUGUUGAUACGAUUGAGGAUAUUUUAUACUCCAGUUGAACGGGGUGGGUUUACACUAUAUUAGUAAUAAUAAUAUAAAACACAGACGAUAAACAAAUGAAAAUAGUAAUGAUAAAAUAGUAAUGAUAAUUCCAUAAUAUAUGUAUAUGUAUAUUUAAUAUACAUCUAGAGAUACACACGUGCAGGGUGGAGGCUAAAAAGAAAUAGAGAGAGAAAGAGAGAGAGAGAGGAGAGAAAGAUGAAUAGCGAAAGUUGAUGAAUCCUGAAAGGUCUCUGUACAUAAAAUAUAUGCAAACGUACGUACGGAUGCAAAAAAUGAAAUUGCAUCCGCAUGAAUUGGAAACGUAAAGAGUGCGCUGGCAUAAUAUAACGAUAACGAUACAUAUUCUCACUCCUUGUACUGUUCGGUCCUUUGAUGCGUAUGUCGCUGACAUACUUCAACCCUUUUUCUUUUUUCUUCGCAUUAUUACUUUUUUGUACGGUGCAAAAGCUCGGUGAUCCUGGAAUUCGGCAAGUUCUUCGUUUAUAUUGAAAUGCAAUAUCGAUGUAUGAUGAAUUUUCUAAUUUCUUCUGACAAGAUAAUCGAAAAUUCACUGGCUUUUCAUUGUAGACACAAACGAGCGGAUACCAACGAUUGAUUUGUCUAGUGCAGAUUGUCGAGAAUGAAAAAAUUUUCUCAUCAUUCGAAAUAUAGUAUUUGAUGUGAGAUAACUUCGGUUAGUGUUAAACUCGAAUAAAAUCGCGCAGAAAAAAAUAUAUAUACAACUUUGUUUCGUGUUGGAUUAGCAAAUUCAAACCUCGGCACAGAAUCAACAUGGCCGCCGUGUUACCCCGCUUCGAGUUUUAUUUCAGUGGCACAAUCGCUCUCAGCAACCUUCAUUUACCGCGUGACGUUUCACGUUCAACAGCAGUACGGCAAGAGCAGUUUAGUUGUCAUUUUACUUUCGGCGAAUGUAUAAAUAGCGAAAUUUUCUAUUGCAAAGUUUGCACGGAUUGUACAUGGUUUGCUUAUAAAAUGUAUGUUUCUCGAUAAACACAAAAAAUAUUACAAAUGCCUCGCACAUUGUGUCUGUUGAACGCAGACGCAAUCACGAUUUGUUGACGAUGUUUGACGUUAUUAUUCUAAAAAUUCGUUCGGCACAAUUAUUUCAGAAACGACGAGUCGAGAUUAUCCCGGAAUUCUGAAAAGUUGUAUCUUUUGAAUAAUCUCGAAUAUAAACGACUGACCGAAACCUGUAUGGUACGUGGCUAUAGAAAGAGAUACAUAAUAGACAUGAUGCCGGUUAGCCAUCGACGGUGCAAUAUACCUAUAUCUGUCUAUCCACCAUUCGUUAUUUUUACUCUAAUUCGUUGUAUAUUUAUACAGAAUAGAAGAACAAGUUAUACAUGUAUACACAAAUUAAACGUAUAUCGCAGUUUAGUUAGCUAGAAAAAUCGGUUUUUACAUACUAUUUGCAUACCAUAAAAUACGUGUACACUGUUGGAAAAAAAGGUUAAGUUUGUUUUUUUUUUUUUCGACGUCUCGAAUAGUCUGGUCAAAAAUUUAUACACGUUUACCAGACAGACCUUUGGCUGAUAAUAGAUACCCACGUUAUAAAUUUGAGACGAAUUCGAUGCCUUGUUUUUAUAAUCAUCAAAGAUUGUUGAUGCUCUGUCGAUAUUUCUAUAACGCAUUAUUGAACAAAAUGAGAAAACUCUCUGCAAUAACAAUGUCGAUUUAUACUAUUCACCAACGUAAUAGAAAUGAAACAAGAUUUAUUUGAAAACGAAAAAAUUUUUAUUUCCGAACAGUUUAAUAUUUACACAAACUAUUUGGAACAGUGUGUAUCCUGUACAUCGGUGAUGAUUGGUCUUUAGAAAAACCACCAUAACUUCCUUCUUAUUGAUUUAUUAUUUUCAACUUUAAUUUGUAAAGAGUGAUAAAGCCAACUGGAAAAAUAACCGAAUAUACGUACAUACGUAAAUAUUUAGUCACACGGAAAAAAACGCGAAAAAAAAUGUAUGCACGUAAAUCCUGAGCAAAAAUCAGAGCGAUUCAAAUUGUUUCGAAUGUUUGGUAAAAAAAAAAAAAAAUUACCAUCACGUAUUUCGGUAUGAAAAGUUCAAGAUGGCCGCGUAGUUGGUUCGCCCGGUAAUUAAUAUGUGCAAAAGAAUCGUCAAUCGAACGCGAAUCGAGCUGAAAAAAUCUGUGCUGGUUAUAAUUUUACAGGCACGAAAAGAUUGGACUAAUUGACAGCCACGAUACGUACAAUCUUUUCGUGUAUAAAUACGCAACAUAACGUCCAGGAUACAAUUUGGCAGUAGCGUGAGAAAUUAUUGGGCAACCCAAACGUAACUUUGUAUGCAAAUAUAAUAUGAAUUUGAUGUUUAAACACAUCGCGAUCAAUCAAUUAACGUUCAAGUAUUGCAGAAAUUGUCUAUCAUUUAUACCGUAGUUAAUCUUAACCUCAUUUUCAAUCUCUAAAAGAUGUUUCCUACGAGAUUUUCGAUUAUCCAAGAAAUUAUGCGAUGUGAAGGAUUUAUUUUUCGCAGAAAAUAUACCGCAAGCGUGUUUUGCAAAAAACUCGAUAUUCCUCACUCUGUGUUAUUACAUUUUCCCGUAUAGACAGUCGAACGAUUUUUCUUGUUUUCCUUUUUAUUUAUUUUUUUUUUUUUUUUUCAAGUCUUUCUCUUUAGAAAAAAAAAACUUCAACAUGCACGCACGCGUAUAACGAUAUGAAGACGAAAAUCGAAAGAAAUUGUAUAAACUAAAAGACAUCCGUAUACAUAAACGAACACACGUGAGAAAAAAAAAUUAAAAAAAAAAAAAAAAAAAAAAACAAAUACGAACACACGAACCAGAAUAAGAACG